AUGAGACGUCUGAAAUUACUGGAGAGAAAUGCUCGGAAAAUGGCUCGGGAUGAAAAUAAGAAAGCGACCGAAGAACAAAAUCUCAUAAAUGCCAUCAAGAAUAGUGGUGUUCAGCUUGGCAGCACAGUUUUGAAAGGUUCCUCAUCCAUUUCUCUGUCAGACCUUGAACCCUGUCAUCCUGCAGCACAGGGUUCUCGUGUCCAUUUUAAUGAGAGUGGAGAGUUAGUGUGGCCAGUGAUGCUCCUGUAUCCAGAACAUCAUGAGACCGAUAUUAUUCAAGAGUUUCCAGAAAGUGAUCAUAUCAUAGAUCACCUUGAGGUUAUUUUUGGAAAGGAAGCAGCACCAGCACAAUGGGACACUGAACACAAAUAUCAAGUUAAUAACCUGCUGUGUUCUUUGAAGACAAAGAAAAAAACUAAAACUCUGUAA